UAAAUUUUCUUUGAUUCCCAAUUCCAAUAAGUGUCAAACCUCCAAGUCGUUGCCAUUUUAUAUAUAUAUAUAUAUUCUUCUUGUUGUUCUGCAACGAAAGCAUUUGAUUCUAAAAUAAUCCUUUUUUCUUGUUCAUAUACAGUGUAAUAUUUACCAAAAUUUUUGCCCAUCAUGCAGAAAAACAAUCCAUACAACAAUGACAUUGGAUCAUCACUUUCUAAUCUAAUAUUAAGUGGUGGCCGGAAUGGUAGAAACACUUUAGAUUCAAUCUUUACUCAUUGUUCAUCAUCAGUAACUACUUCUGACUCUAUUCGUCAACCACUCGGGUCUUCUGUUUACUUGAAACAAAGAGAUUUGCUUCAAAAAUUCUCUGAGCAAAACAUGGGUAAACUCAGGCUGUCGAAUUUAAAAACGACAAAUGGGCUAUUCGCCCAGUUUCCUGACUAUUGUGUCAACCCAUACAAAAAGAAGCUCUAUAGAGGAGUAAGGCAAAGGCAUUGGGGUAAAUGGGUAGCUGAGAUAAGACUACCUCAAAACAGAAUGAGGGUGUGGUUAGGGACUUAUGAGACGGCUGAGACGGCGGCUUAUGCUUAUGAUCGGGCUGCGUAUAAGCUACGUGGUGAAUACGCACGGUUGAACUUCCCAAACGUACAAGACCCGAGUCAGUUGGGGAUCAUUGGAGAUACUCAGAGGUUGAAUGCUCUUAAGACUGCUGUUGAUGCCAAGAUUCAAGCCAUUUGUCAGAAAGUCAAAAGAGAAAAAGCCAACAGAAUUAGGAAUAAUAAUAAUAAUAAUAAUAAAAAGAAGCCCAAAGAGAUUGAUGAAAGUGUUGGUUGUGAUGAAGAGAGCGAAAAGGUUACGAUUUCAUGUGGUGGAAAUGAAUUAAUGUCGUCAUCACCAAGCAUGUCUGAAGAUGGGUUCUACUGGAAGGAAGAUAGUUCACAGUGUUCAGCCUCGGGUGAGUCAAAGGCGGUUGCAGAAGGUGAUGAGUCGGUGUUUGAAGGAUGCUCUCUCGCUCGUUUGCCUUCAUAUGAUCCCGAGUUAAUUUGGGAGGUUUUAGCAAAUUGAGAAAAUUUGUAGCUUGGGCUGAAACUAAUCUUCCAAAACGUUAUUUAGAGAAUUUUGGCUACUUUUUUUUUUCCAGUUUUAUGUUAAGCUAAUAUUAGUAUUCAUUGAUAAAUUUUCUUGAAGAUAA